CUCCCACCCGCCCUCACCGUGGGACAGGGCCCAGGUGUGAGGGCAGAGCAGCCCUGGGCAUAGCUUGGAGACCGCCAUCCCGGAGGGUUUAAAAGCUCCGGGGCUGCCUCAGCCUCAGUCUGACCUUCCCAACAGCAGCAGCAUGCGGGGCCUGCUGGUUUUUGGAGUGCUGCUGGGGGCUGUCCUUGGCCAUGAGGACUUUGUGGGGCACCAGGUGCUCCGCAUCUCUGUGGCGGACGAGCCGCAGGUUCAGAAGGUGAAGGAGCUGGAGGACUUGGAGCACCUGCAGCUGGACUUCUGGCGGGGCCCUGCCCAGCCCGGCUCCCCCAUCGACGUCCGAGUGCCCUUCCUCAGUGUCCAGGCCGUCAAGGCCUUCCUGGAGGCCCACAGUGUUGGGUAUGAGAUCAUGAUUGAGGACGUGCAGGCGCUUCUGGACCAGGAGCAAGAGCAGAUGUUCGCCUUCUGGGCCCGGGCCGAGUCCACCGACACCUUCAACUAUGCCACCUACCAUACCCUGGAUGAGAUCUACGGUUUCAUGGACAUGCUGGUGGCCGAGAACCCAGGCCUGGUCAGCAAGCUCCAGAUUGGCAACACCUAUGAGGGGCGGCCCAUCUACGUGCUGAAGUUCAGCACCGGGGGGAACAACCGACCAGCCAUCUGGAUCGACACGGGCAUCCAUUCCCGGGAGUGGGUCACCCAGGCCAGCGGGGUCUGGUUUGCAAAGAAGAUCACUCAGGACUAUGGGCAGGACCCCACCUUCACUGCCAUCCUGGACUCCAUGGACAUCUUCCUAGAGAUCGUCACUAACCCUGACGGCUUCGCCUAUACCCAUAGCAAGAAUCGCAUGUGGCGCAAGACUCGGUCCCUCAACCCCAGCUCGGCUUGUGUGGGAGUGGACCCCAACAGGAACUGGGACGCUGGCUUUGGCAUGGCCGGAGCCAGCAGCAAUCCCUGCUCGGAGACGUACCGCGGCAAGUCUGCCAAUUCCGAAGUGGAGGUCAGGUCCAUCGUGGACUUCGUGAAGGGCCACGGGAACAUCAAGGCUUUCAUCUCCAUCCACAGCUACUCCCAGCUGCUCCUCUAUCCCUAUGGCUACAAAACAGAGCCAGCCCCCGACCAGCAGGAGCUGGAUCAGCUGUCUGAGUCUGCAGUGACGGCCCUGGCCUCUCUGUAUGGGACCAAGUUCAAGUAUGGCAGCAUCAUCAAGGCGAUUUACCAAGCCAGCGGAAGCACCGUGGACUGGACGUACAGCCAGGGCAUCAAGUACUCCUUCACCUUCGAGCUCCGGGACACUGGGCGCUACGGCUUCCUGCUGCCUGCCUCCCAGAUCAUCCCCACGGCCCAGGAGACGUGGCUGGCGUUGCUGACCAUCAUGGAGCACACCCUGAAUCACCCCUACUGAACGGGCCCUGGGAUGCCUUCCCCUUCCUCCUCUCUGGCCCCACCCAAGCAGCCAAAUAAAUUUUGAGUGUACAAGGAACAGAAUCUCAGGCUUGCA